AUGAGCGGUAGUAGCGUGCAGUCCCCUCGCGUAGCGGGGAAGGACGCUCAUGAUAGCGGAGUUAAAGCCGCGUCGCUGACUUCAAGUACGCUACUAGGUCCUAAUGUGCCGCAAUUUCCGGUUUUUGCGGACGUUGACGUGACGCAAUACGUGCAGCGGCACCGGCAGCGGCGUGUCGAAGCGGGAAAUGCGGCUAGUCAGCUCGACUUGCGAUCGGGGAGCGCGGGGUUCCGCCGAUACCAGCUGACGGGAAACGGGGGAGGCCAUUGCGCGCCCACCAAUGCAGCUGCUAGAACCUGCGUCGCCGCGGAAGCUGCUGCGCCGACUCCUCCGCUUGUCACCGUUCUGCGCGCAAGCUCAGCCCCUGGCCGCCCUAGUCAGUCCGCUGCUGCUGCUAGUAGUACGUGGGGGACCCGUCGCCUGAGCCCUUCUAGUUCCGCCCUCGCGGAAAGAGCGCAGAGCGAAGGGAAUGCUAUCGUCACAAUAGCCCCUGAAAAUGCCAGCAGCUGUGGCAGGCAUGAGAGCAGCGGCUCGGUCGGCCAUCUACGUCAGGCGGAUAACGAGGAGCGAAGCUCUCUGACUACGCGUUCCGGCAUUAUUCCGUCUCGCCGGCCGCGGGUGGACUCCGCCGCAGCCGUUACUCAGUGCCGGCCAGUCAACCCUGCCGGCCGGCCGGCAUCAGUAACCACGUGCGCCACUCGUCAACCACGGUCGGGCAGAACCGUGAGUUGCGCCGGAGGGAGGGCGGUGGGGCUGGUGAGAGCGGCGAAGGCGGAGAUGGGGGAGGAGGGGGAAGGAAAGGGGGAUGAAGAUGAUAGUGAUGGGGAAGAAGGGGAGGAUGGGGACGGGGAUGAUGAUGACGUGGUUCUCGCAAUGCCGGUCGGCAUAGUUCGCAGAGGGGUAGCUGGAGCAGCGCCGGGUGAAUGGGGCACCACGGUGGAGAGAACAGGACUAGUUGCGAGAGAGGCAGCGCACGGUUGGGGGGGAAGGAUAGGGGGACCAGGAGGACGAGUGUGCGACGCUGGCGACGAGGAUGACGACAAUGGCGACGUAAUCAUAUGCAAGCCUGUCGAAGUUAAGGUAACCUGCUUCGCAACCCCCGUUAUUAGGAGGAGAGUUUCGAGAAGUGCAGGUGGGAAACUGUCGGCGAGAGGCGCGGCGGGAGGGCGGAAGGAUGCUGCGCGCGUGUCUGGGGGUGCACCGCUGAGGCGAAUCGCGCGGAGGGGCACGGCAGCCGGAGCAACACUUGGUCCGGGCAGCGAAGGUUCAGAGACCGGGAUAGCCAGCACGAAUGUGGCGCUGCCCGUGCUGGUACAUAAGGGAAUGGUGCUGUGCGAUGGGGUGCGGUCGAGGUGUGAGACAGGACGGGAUGGGGAGACGGAGACGGAUGGCCAGGAGGGCAGGGAAGAUGAGGCACAGGACGGGAAGGGGAUAAGGCGACACGCGCACAAAGUGGCUGCACAGUCGGAGUGCGCUGAGCAGUCAGAGCGGGUAGAAAGGGCAGAGCGGGCAGAAAGAGCAGAGCGGGCAGAGGAGUUGGUACGAGGGAGGGAGGGAGUGGCAGCAGAGGCGCAAGAGAGCAGAGCGGCAGCAGAUGAGGCGCAGGGAGAGGAUGAAAAGCGAUCGGGUGGUGUGAGCGCGCCGAGCCCUGCUGUGAGCGCGCCGAGCCGUGCUGUGAGCGCGCCGAGCCUUGGUGCUGCGACUGUUAUAGAUGAGGGGAGCAUUCGCGAGCAGCUGCAGCUGAUUGCAGAGGCCAUGGCUAGGCGGGCUGGACGGGAGGAGGCGCGGCGUAGAGAGGAGGGGCGGACUAGAGAGGAGGGGCGGAUUAGAGAGGAGGGGCGGACUAGAGAGGAGGGGCGGACUAGAGAGGAGGGGCGGACUAGAGAGGAGGGGCGGAUUAGAGAGGAGGGGCGGACUAGAGAGGAGGGGCGGACUAGAGAGGAGGGGCGGACUAGAGAGGAGGGGCGGACUAGAGAGGAGGGGCGGACUAGAGAGGAGGGGCGGAUUAGAGAGGAGGGGCGGACUAGAGAGGAGGGGCGGACUAGAGAGGAGGGGCGGACUAGAGAGGAGGGGCGGACUAGAGAGGAGGGGCGGACUAGAGAGGAGGGGCGGACUAGAGAGGAGGGGCGGACUAGAGAGGAGGGGCGGACUAGAGAGGAGGGGCGGACUAGAGAGAAGGGGCGGAUUAGAGAGAAGGGGUGGAUUAGAGAGGAGGGGCGGAGUAGAGAGGAGGGGCGGAGUAGAGAGGAGGGGCGGAGUAGAGAGGAGGGGCGGAGUAGAGAGGAGGGGCGGGGUAGAGAGGAGGGGCGGAGUAGAGAGGAGGGUGGGAUUAAAGAGGAGGUGGGGAGUAGAGAGGAGGGGCGGAUUAGAAAGCAGUUGCAGUUGACUAAAGGGGUGGAGGAGGGGGGGAAUAGACAGCAGGUUGGACCGCACGGCGUGCAGCCAGACUGUGCUUAUCUUGCCACGCCGAGUGCUUAUCUCGCCCAGCCGAGCGCUUAUCUCAGCGCCAUGGAUACGCUGAGCUGGCAGGAUCUAUACGUGCACUGUGACGUGGCAGACCUGUGGCAGGAGGCUCUUGGCAAGAGAGCCUAUGGCCUUCCUCCAAGGCCCAAACGGCCACUGCAAGCAGCACAGCCUGUGAAAGGAGACGGGCGAGUGAACCCACCAAGGACAAUAAGGCAGAAGAAGCCAGUGAGGCCAAUAAGGCCAGGGGACGCAAUGGGGCCAGCACCGCUUGUGCGACCGUGGAGAUCGGACAGGGUUAUGAGGUCACCUGAGGGCAUUCGGCCUGCUCCAGGGUCUGCUGCCAGGCGAGCCCUCACUGUUGCUGCUGUCACCGGUAGUGAUGCUGUCACUGGUGAUGCUGUUACCGGCCAUGCUGCUGCUGACGGGGAUGGUGAUGCCAGCAGGGGAAGCAGUGAGGGUGACACCGCUAGUCCGGGACCUGCUGCCAGGCGAGCUCUCGCGGUCACUGCUGUCACUGGCUCCGCUACUGCUGCCAACGGGGCUUCAACCGGUGGUGCUGGUGGUGGUGGUGGUGGUGGUGGUGAUGGCAGUAGCGGCCAUAGCAUCGCCACGCAUGGGCGAUCUGCUAACAGUCUGAAUGCUGCUCUCGCGAGGAUGCGGAGCGCUGUCCGAGAGGCAGCUGCUGGGGAGGUUGUAAUGCUGCGGGCUGAACGGAAACUUUUGCCUGCUGCCCAAGCCAUGACUUCUCUUCCCAAGAGCCAAGCAGGUGGUGGGGGCAACGAGGCCUUCUUACGAGGUGAUUCGAACCCGACAAUGAUCGGUGGAUGA